AUGUCUGCAACCGAUCCCAAAGUUGCUCCUACCGAGCCCUCCACUGUCUCAGAGCAUAGUUCUCUCAACGAGAAGACACAUCCUUUUCCAGAUCAAGAUUUCAAGAAGCCCAGUAACGAAAGCUAUGGUCCUUCCGCGCCGGAUGGAGGUCUACAGGCAUGGCUAGUGGUACUGGGCUCGUGGUGCUCACUCUUUUGUACAUUUGGAUGGAUCAACAGCAUCGGAACAUUCCAGAGCUACUACGAGGAGUCCCUUCUAAAGCAGUAUUCUGCCAGUACAAUCUCAUGGAUUCCAUCGCUCCAGAUCUUUUUCAUGUUCGCCAUGGGUCCUAUCGUCGGUCGAUUAUACGACAACUUCGGUCCCCGCUGGUUGAUCCUUGGCGGCUCUGUUCUGCACGUCUUCGGUCUCAUGAUGGCCUCUAUCUCGAAAGAAUACUAUCAAGUUCUCCUUUCCCAAGGUGUAUGCAGUGCCAUGGGGGUCUGUGCCAUUUUCCAACCUUCAAUGAACGUCCUACCAAGCUGGUUCGAUAAGAAGCGUGGAGCUGCCUACGGGAUUGUGUCAACGGGGUCGAGUCUAGGCGGCGUGAUCUUCCCAAUCAUGGUCAGUCGCCUCAUCAACGAAGUCGGAUACGGCUGGGCCAUGCGCGCUGCCGCUUUUCUGAUAUUGGGUCUGUUGUCGAUUGCGAUUCUUACGGUGCGAUCCCGCGUUCCGCCUAGAAAGCAGGACUUGGAUAAAAAGAGCCUCGUUCGGCCUUUCACGGAAACCAAGAUGGUGCUGGUGGUUCUUGGGUUCAUGCUUCUCACUUUUGGAAUUUUCAUCCCGAUUAAUUACUUGGUCGUGCAAGCUAUGCAUGCCGGUAUGAGUUAUAAUCUCGCGCAGUACUUGAUUCCCAUGUUGAACGCAGCCAGUCUCUUUGGUCGUAUGAUGGCUGGGAUGCUCUCUGACAAAGUCGGUCCGUAUAAUAUCUUCGUGACUGUUUGCAUAUUUGCAGGCAUUCUGGUCCUUGGUGUCUGGAUCCCGGCCACCGGCAACGCAGCCAUCAUUGUCUUUGCCUGUCUCUUUGGCUUUGCGUCGGGCGCAUAUGUCUCUCUCGCCGCUGCUUUGGUGGUUAAGAUUUCACCUUUCCCAGAGAUCGGCUACCGCACAGGCUUGUUAUUCCUGUUCUCUUCCAUCGGCGGCUUGACGACCAACCCGAUUGCCGGCGCUAUCUUAGCUCAUGACAAUGGCUCCUACACGGGUAUGAAAGUGUUCGCUGGAGUUCUCUUGCUUGUGGGAAGCACUUCAGUGUUGGCAACUCGGCUCCAUGAGACUGGGCUUGUUAUCAAGGCUAAAUUCUGA